GUGAACACAGCCAUGGAGAACCAGACAGCUACGAUAGCCACGCUUACGAAGCUGGUCGGCGGUCUGUCCCGGGACAAGGACGACCUGACCCGGCAGCUGCAGGACGUCACGCGGCGCAUGAAGAAGGGCGGUCGGCAUGGCGAUCGUCACGGCGACCGUGGAACGGGGACGCGGAGGGCGCAGGUGGCGUCGGAGGCCGUGGUGCGGAUCGGGGACAUCGAGGAUGUGGAUGAUGGAGGUGUGGAGGCAGUGAUCAAACGAGUCACAGAGUCACAACCCAAACCUCAGCCUAAACCUGAGCUCAAGCCACAGCCUAAACCUCAGCCCAAGCUGCCAAAAGGAAACUACACUUGGAAUGAUACACUCCCCAAACCUCGGCACUGUGCGGAUAUCCAGCGCGGCGGGAAGUCCACCAGCGGAGUUUACCGGAUCUACCUGCCGGACCACGAAGACGCGCCCGUCCCCGUCUGGUGUGACAUGGACACCGACCCCGGCGGCUGGACGGUCAUACAGAAGCGCGCCAACGGGACCGUCAACUUCUACCGCAACUGGGCGGCGUACAGGGCCGGGUUUGGGGACCCACGGGGGGACUUCUGGCUCGGGCUGGAGAACAUGCACCGCCUCACGGGGCGGGGGGGCUACAAACUUCAGGUCAGUAUGGAGGACUGGAACGGCAUCGUGGCUUACGCAGAGUACAACAGCUUCAAAAUAGAGGGGGAGGAGAGCAAGUACCGGCUACGCCUGGGGAAAUAUCACGGGAACUCCGGGGACGCCAUGACCUGGCACAACAACAUGGCCUUCACUACCAAGGACAGCGACAACGACCCGUUCAUUGGGAACUGUGCGGGGUACCAGCGAGGCGGCUGGUGGUACAACGCCUGCGCGCACUCCAACCUGAACGGGAUCUACUACCCCGGCGGGUACUACAGCAGCCGGUAUCAGGACGCUGUUUACUGGGCAGAGUGGCGAGGGGGAAGCUACUCACUAAAAACUGUCAUGAUGAAGGUUAGGCCCACUGGAAACCAGGCUUUAACAUAGCAAAUAUAGCACAGCAGAACCAGGCUUUAACAUAGCACACAUAGCACAACUAUAGCACAGCAGAACCAGGCUUUAACAUAGCACAACUAUAGCACAGGCUUUCACAUAGCACAGCAUAACAUAGCUACAGCAUAGAUACAGCACAACUACAGCACAACUAGAAACUGUCAUGAUGAAAGUACGGCCCACUGGAAACCAGGCUUUAACUAGCACAGCAGCAGAACAACAUAUAGCAAAUGUAGUCCAGCUACAACAUAGAACCAUGCUUUCACAUAGGACAGCAGAACUAGACAUUAAAUAUAGCAAAUAUGGCAUAACUUAACAGCACAACAGGCACCCAGGCUUUAACAUUGCAGAACAGCCCAGCAGAACAAUCACAUCGCAAAUGUAGUGCAACUACAGCACAGCUGCUACAUAGUAACUUGAGGCUUUAACAAUAUUAGCAAACAUAGCACAGCUACAAAAUAGAAACAGACUUUCAAAUAGCACAGCAGAACAGCAAACAUGGCAAAGCUACAUGUACAACAAGACUUGAACAGCUCCAGCACAGACCCAGGUACACAGACAUGAGGAAGCAUGUUCUCCAGUCCUACAGUGGAUGUCAGCAUUUAUCACAACCAUGUAAUGAGAUUACUGGAUAUGAUACAUACACAGCUGUAAGCUUCUGAUUCUUACAUUACAGACAGCUUGUAUCUAUCCGGCUUCCUGGGUCCUCAUUUGGUCUGGGGAAAAUUAUUGUGGAAGGACAAUUAUGUAACAAACGAUCAUGUAUGUAACAGACUCGCAACAUUUCAUGUAUGCAACAAACUUGCCACAUUUCAUGUGAAAGGAGCUUCUAAAGUUUCCAUAGCAACCUACCACUGGUCAUGUGAUCAGUUGCCAUAGCAUCCUAGUUUCCAAAGCAACCUACAGUUUCCAUAGAAACCUACAGUUUCCAUAGCAACCUACAGUUUUCAUAGCUACCCACUGGUCAUGUCAGUUUCCAUAGCAACAGUUUCCAUAGCAACCUACCCACUGGUCAUGCCGGUUUCCAUGGUAAUAUGAUCAUUAGUUUUCAUAUAUAGGAAGUUAUUAGACCUGCCAGUUUGCACAUAUCCACAUGUACGUGUAAGUUGAGGAAGAAACUUGCCAUAUUUUGUUAUUUUGUAAAUAUUUUUGAUGUUGAGAUGUGACAUUGUGAUGACUGUUGUCAUAAUCCAUAAUGAUAUGAUAAAUGCACCUACAUGAUAUAGAUAUCAGCAUUGUGUUGUUUACAGAAGAAAGGGGCAAAGUAGGAUGUUUUUUGUUAUUCAUGUUGUACAUUAAGGUAAAAUCAUGAUGAUGAAUUUGUUAAAAACAAGACCUGAAGGAUUUGAUGUGAUUUUUACAUACUAUUAUUCCAUUUUUUCAUUUGUCCCUUGUUUUAUAAGCCUGUAGAAGUGUUAUAUAAGCCAGAGCUUGUUGCAUGGUGAAGUUUCCAAUUGUAGACUGUAGGCUUAUGUAAUGUGUAAUGGGGAGGUUUUCCAUGAUCGUAGACUGUUCUAGUAUAGGCUUGUGAUGUAUAUUGGUGCUACUGUCUCCUGUAAGGUGCUGAUGUGGUAGUCAUGGUAACAUGUUAGUAUAGCAAAUAUCUCUUCCUAAAUAUCAUGAAAUAAAGACUGAGU